AUGAUUAGAUAUUCAUCAUCAACGCACAUGCGUGGUGUGUCUCUGGUUGUAGAGAGAGAGGUUGAUGGGAUGUAUGAUUGUCUUGAGUCUGCAAGUUUGAGUUCCACCGGAACAUUUAGAAAGAUUUGGAGCAUCAGUUUAGAAUUCUCUCCGAUCUCUACAAGAUUCUCCUUUAACAUUUCCAAUUGCUCUUUUAAAUUCAUUUCAAAUCCAGAAAGAGUUAUCCAGCAUAGAACAAAGAUUUCCAGCAACUAUUUCCCUUUUGUAAAACGCUGCUUGGAUUCUAGAAACCAGUUUAGAUGUGAAUAA